AAACCAUCAUUAUGCUUCAGUGUUCAUUGUUUAAUUUGACGUCAAUCUCUUUGUUUGGUUUAUGAAUUACUAAGACAAUUAAUAUUUUUAAUAUUGGUUUCAUUAAUUUGACUUAAGAAAAUGAAAAAAUCUUCAGUUAUUUCAAUUGCGUUGUUCGUAAUCUUUACUAUAUCAGGUAUACAUUGUGAUUCACAAGAUUCGAAUUUAACUUGCGCUGAAAAUUUUGAUAAAUGUUUAAACCACACUGAUUGCUGCUCUGGAAGAUGCCAUAUGACGGGCUAUAUACGCAAUAGAAUUUGUCUGGCAUCUAAUUUUUCAUUCAUAGAACCAACAAAAAUUCAAAAAGGUAAUUGUUCAUACUAUGAACCGGAAGACGAAAAAGUUAAUGAAUCUAUGUCUACAUCAUUCGGAUUAUAUGCAUCGCACCCGUUAUUACCAACCAACUCAAUGGUCGAAGUGAAUCAUGACGGAAAAACUGUAACUGUCACAAUAACCAAUCAGAAUGUAAAUAAUAAUAAUAACUCAAUUUUGAACUUAUCAAGAGAAGCAGCUAAGGAGUUAGGCAUUGAAAAAGAAGGAUUGUUUGAAUGUAACUUGCAAGUACUGGAUCCCAAUGAUGAUGAUUAUUAUCCUCUUCUAAAACCUAUUGGAGCUAUUAUAAUUUUUAUAGCAGCAAUGUUUAUAAUAAUAUGACGAAUUAAACACAUUGAUAAAUAAUAAACAAAUUAUUAAAAUAAUUUUUA